GGAGAUGAGUGUCAGUUGUCAGCAGUGAAUCAGAGAGUGAAGAUGAAGCUUCUACUGAGCAGUCUGCUACUCGCCUCCUUCUGUGCUCUCUCAUCUUGGAGUGUUUCAUCUGCAGGUGAACCUGCUGUUAGCCAGACCCCUGAUGUCUCUGUGGUGGAGGGCGAGACGGCAGAGAUCAGCUGCUGCUGGACACUAGAGUAUCAAAAACUGAGAGUUACAUGGCUGAAAAAUCACACAGAAAUAAAGAGUAAGAUGAUCUUCAAGAAUUCCUCUCAUGGAUCACUGUCAGAUAAGACCUCUUACUGCUCACACUUGACAUUGAUGAAUGUCGCAAGAGACGAUUCAGGGAGAUACAUCUGCGAGGUGACAGUGGAAAUACCCAAUCUCAACAAGGCUCAAGGAGUUGGUACCGUCCUCACAGUUACGGCCAAGGACAACACAACAGGUUCUCACUGGGAAGAAGUGCCCGUUUAUGUCCUGAGGAGCCUGCCCCUCCUUGCCCUCAUCCUCGCAGUGUUGUUCAUCACCUUUUUAGUGAGGAAAGCUCAGCAACAAACACCAGCUGCACCACAAAAUCAACACACGCCGGCUCGAAGAUGAAAAGAAGACCAAGAGGAAGAGGGAAGAGAUGAUAUGGAGAUGGAAGGAGAGUGAAAAGAAAAAUCAUUUAUGAUUAAGA